UAGUGAAUCCAAUCGCACAACAACUAGGCUAUGGCAUGUUUUUUACACUUAAAAACACCAACUUUUGUAUGUUAAACUGAGUUUCUGGGUUUCGAAUGUAGCAGAGUUCCAAUCUGACGUCAUAGUACUAUUCGGCCGCGGUUACAGUGCAAACAAAGUAGAGCUUCAGUCCGUCGAGUUCAGAAGGAAAACACAGCGUUUAGCAUUGAUAUCAGACCGUUGAUAUUUGCUUUUUCAAAUCGGAUUUUGGAUAUUUUAUCAAUCUAUUGCAGAAGUAGGCAUAUCAUAGCAGACAUAUCAGAGAAUUGAAUUUUGCUGGUGAUAUUGCUUGGAUUUGCUUGGAUUUUUGGAUAAGUGCCUGUCAAUUGUGAUCCAUUGCGAUCCAUUGAGAAAAUGGCAUUACUGAGCAAACUUGUUGGGUUCUUCAGCUUCUUCUUGUCAAGACAGAGCAGUGAUGGCGAAGGACGUAGCAGCAUUCAGGAGGAGCCCAUCCAGAGACCUCCAGAAGAUACAGACAUUAAGGAGGAGAUGGACUCUGAGGACCGUCUUGUUGAGCUGGAAAUAUCACCAGAUUUCUCCAGUGCGGCAGAACCACUGAUGGUUCCAGUGGAGGAGACUGAAUCCCAAACUCCACAUGGAGUGGAAAUAUUUCCACGUUCCUGCACCGUGGCAAAGCCAUCGUUGAUCCAGGUGGCUCCACUACACUCUCUACCUUGGUUCUUGGUUCAAGAGGCACAUGCUGAGGAGGAAAUACUGCCAUUUGUAUCCACUGUGGCAGAACCAUUGAUGGCUCAGUUCGAAGAUCCUGAAAAGGAAUUGCCAAGCUUCUUCACUGAAGUGGCAGAACCACCGAUGGUCCAGGAAGCACCUUGGCAUCUCACUCCACCUUCUGAGGAGGAAAAAUCUUUCUGCACUGUGGCAGAAACACUGAUGGUCCAGAUGGCACGAGCUGAGCUGGAGCAAGAGCAUCCACCUCAAAGGAGAAAGAAAGAGAGACAGACAUACUCUUACACCAUAAAACUUCCAGGUGCAUCUCCACCACCAACGCCAAAACAUGCUUGGAUUGAUGUCAGUCCUGCAGAAGAUACCAAAGCUGGGGGAGAUAUGAUAAAAGAGAAGAGAGAGUCUGAAGAUAAAACUCUUGUAAUGGAAAUGGAGAGUGUAGAAAUUGUGGACGUGGAUCUGAGACAAGAAAGGAGAAUGAAAAAGGAGCGAAAGAUUGCUUCGAUAGGGAUGGAUGGAGACAGUGCAAAAGCCACACAUACAAAAACAAGACAAGAUGAAAAGAGAAGGCCUGAAAGACGAGCAAAGGUAGAAGAUAGAAAGACAGAGCAGGCUUCAGCUAUUACUCCGGCAAAGGGGGAAAAGACACACGUACAGGAGCUUGAAAGCAGCAGCAAAAUCAGCCAGAAGUCCAGCAGAAAGCAGAAUGCACUUCUUCUCAUUUGUGAAAUGUUACAGAAAAAGGUCACUGCAUUGAGAGAGAAGAAGAAGAUCAGAAGAGAGGAGAAAAAAAAGGCAGUUACUGUACGAAAGAUACGUCAAUGAUCCAGCCAUGAAACACCAGCUUAUCAACAAACACAAGUCGUGUGGCUGCAUGUGCAACAAGAACAUAUGCAAUGGAAAACAUUUAAAGCAAAUAAAACAUAUUUUUAAUAUGUAAUAAAUAUUUCAGAUUUUUUUUCCCCCUUAUCCAACAACUCAACACAACUGUGUCUGUCUGUGAGCGUGUUCAAAAUUGAAAUGGGACCUUUUCACCUGUAACUUCAUAUGUGCACCACUAGAUGUCGUACCUUUCUUUGUGGCUGGAUAGCUUUAUGCUAUUUUUGAGAUAGUUCCACCACUUUGAGAUAGCAUUAUAUAUAGUUUUUUAUUCAUAUUUUAAAUUAGCUUAAGUCAUUUAGUUGUG